AUGGGGAACUCGUCGGAGCAGUUCUCGGUGAGCUUCAAGCUAUUCGAGUACUUCACUGACGCGCAGAGUGCUGCAAAGGCGCGCAAGGAAAGCAUGACUAUCUCAGCAAUUCCACCCCCCGAACCCGUCUGGUGUUUGGAUCGACGGGACUCGGGCCAUCUAUUCUGGCGCCGAGAGUCGUCGAAGGUGAAGUUCCGAUACGAUGUGGAGGUACUGGAGUUUACCAAAGACCCGUACGAAGAUCAGCUACUCAUCACAGACAGUGAGCUAAAUCGAACGAAGCAACAGCAGGCCGGAGCCGUGUCCAACAUGAUCGUUGUUUGUGUUACCUGUGUUGCGGCCAUUGCCGUUACGGUAGUGUUACCGUGGUUCCUGAUCGGAUCGGCUUAG